AUGGCAUUGGCAGCUCAACUCGCAGCUUUGCAUAACACAAUGAAGGAUUUGGUCAUGGUUAUGGAAGAAUCCAAGCAACCAGCACCUACUCCAAUAGUUGCUAUAACACCUAUAUGCUCACUUUGCUAUGGUGCUCAUGCCUUUGAAGAAUGCCCCAGCAACCUAACAUCUGUUCUUUAUGUGGGAGACUUCAACUACAAUUUUAUCAACCACAACCAAUUUGAUCAGCAAGGAUGGCAGAACCAAGAAUGUAAUUUUGCCCAAAAUCAAGGCCAAAAUUACCAAUACCAGCAGCCUUAUCAUGGAUGGCAUCAGUCAUUUGAAGCAGAAGAGCCUUUUUCACCUUGUUUUAUGCUUCCUCCUUUUGUUGAACAGCUAGAACAACAUGUUGCAGAAGCUCAACCUCCAAAUGAGCAGUGGAUGAAUCAAAUGCUAGAAAACCAUGAAGCUAUGCUUCAAAGUCAUGGAGCUAUCUUGAAGAGCCUUGAGAUACAAAUGGGGCAGAUUGCUUCUGCCCUUAGUUGUAGACCUUUGGAGACACUACCAAGUGACACAGAAAUACCUAAAAGGGAUGGAAAAGAAGUGUGCAAAGCCCUCCACUUGAGGAAUGGGCAGCAAGUGGAUAACAUUGUUACAGCCCAACCAUCAACCACUCAAUCCUCACCUCAAGACAAAGAUGAUGAGAAGGAAACUACAACUGAACCAGUGUGGGCAGCAUUGAAAUCAAACGAAUCAGACAAGCUAAUGCAAAACAUUGAAGUUCAUCAACCUAUAUCAAAGGCAAUACAGAUCCCAUUUCCUCAGAGACUCCAAGAGCAGCAACAAGAGCACUAUCUCUCCAACAAUUUUUCAUCCAAGCUGAAAAAUCCAGGUUCUUCUUUAAUUUCAUGUGCAAUAGAAGAAACGAAUAUUGUCCCUGAUGGAAAAAUAGAGAACAAAUUAGUGAAAGUUUAUAGGUUUAUUUUUCCAACAGAUUUCAUGAUAGUUGAUUUUGAAGCUGACAAGGAUGUGCCCAUUAUAUUGGAUAGGCCAUUCUUAGUUAAAGAGGAUGCUAUAAUUGAUGUUGAAAAAGGAAAAUUGACCAUGAGAGUUAAUGAGGAAAAGAUGACUUUUAAUGUUUUAAAAACAAUAAAUGUCACUGAUGAAGAUGUUAAUGACUAUUCUGCUAUUUCAUUUUAUGAUCAUUUGGUUGCUCACAACUUGCUUUUAAAUAGUGAAAUUAGCAAUUUAGAAAUGGGCAGCCUCAAACAUGUGGAGGAAAAGCAAAAUGAAAGUGAACUUGUGUCAGCCUUUGUGUCCCCACCACCCAAAUUCUUUGGAGACAAGAAAUUUGAACCAUUAAAAUUUCUUGAGAAAAAUCUGAGCUACAGCUUCUUAUAUCAACUGAGAAGACUUAGUCUAACCAUGAAGGAAAUAAUGCAAAAGAAAAUAAUCAAAUGGUUAGAUACAGGGCAAAUUAUUCUAAAUUUGAAGAGUGUUUAA